AUGAAGUCACUCUUUUACCUCGCUGCGGGUCUCGCAUUCGGUGGUGUCCAGCAUGUCGCUGCGGCUCCAAAAAGAUCAAAGGCAUAUGAUAUGCCUUUGACUGCGGUCAAAAAUGUCGGCUACACUAGCGAGAUCUUCAUCGGAACCCCUCCACAGUCUUUGACGAUAUCCGUGGACUGGACCUGGAUAAGCCAGUUUGUUCUCACGACUACAUGCCGUGGAAACGAUACAGACACGAGCGCUUGUCUAUCUCCUGACCAACAAUUGUUCAAUCAAUCCAAGUCCCGGACGUACAAGGACGAGUCCGCACUCUAUCCUAGCCGUGUAUGGAACCCGAAUCAGUUCUUCUUUUACAAGGAUAUGGAAGUAGAUCAUGCCUCCGACAUCUUGACGGUCGGGCCGGCCGCGUCACGUAUUGUUAUGCAAGGAGCAGAUUUCCAAUUCUCCGUUUCGCCGUUUACGUUUCCCUUUGCUGGAGUAUUCGGUCUUUCUCCUGUCUUCGCUGGUGAUAACGCUUCUUAUCAAGCUCCUUUCUAUCAGGGCUGGAAGAACGGUGUCUGGCCAUCGCCAAUCACUGCUGGCUAUUUUUGCUACGAGGGCUCGCCAGACAAGGCCAAAUCCAUCUGUGGCGGGGCCGACGCCAUCCAGACUUUGGGAGGCUACGCAAAGGAACGCAUCGAUGGGAAGGCACUGUGGUACGAUAACAUCGUCUUUCCAGAGGUCAACAACGUGGAUUUCAAGUUCUCGCCGGCUGUCAUCAACUACUGGGCCUUGGACCUGACAUCCAUGAAAAUCGGGAACGAAUCUCAGGCGAUCAACAAAACGCAUGGCGCCGGAGCCAUCUUCGACAAUGCAAGUUACGGACAGGGCGCGCCUCUGUCCGUGGAUGCUUACGAGAGACUCAUCGCUUUGAGUGACGCCAAGCCGAUCACACUGGAAGCGCCGCCCAACAACGGAAACCAGUCAUGGUAUGAGGUUGAUUGCAGCAAGAAGGAGAGCUUGCCACCACUCAAAUACCAGUUUGCCGGCCACGCAAAGGAGUGGGAGAUCAUCCCUUCCCAUUAUGUGGACGAUAUUGGGAACAACACUUGCGUUCUGAAUGUGCGCACUCUGGGGUUUGGCGACAUGCUCAUUGGAAACUUCGGCGAUACUUUUGCGAAGGACAAGUACAUCAUGUUCGACUUUGACAAGCUGCAGGUCGGAAUCGCAGAUCUAAAAUGGUAG